AUGGUCGGUCGACGUGGGAAGAGUGGUGCUGCGGCGGCCAACGCCAACCCUGCGACGCGAGCGGCGCGGAAUGCGACUGCGUCCGUCACUUCACAUGCACCUCGCGCUCGCGGUCGCGGCCGAGGCAGAGGCCGUUGGGCUACUCGUGGCCAAGGGCAUUAUGUCGCCGCCGACGCUCAAGGCGAGCAGCCAGAGGGGACGGCGCCUAAGCGCUCCCUCAUUGUCCGAUUCAAACUCCCUGCCUUGCAGAAGUCGGACUCUGCAUCCGCUUCGCAGGCCGAUUCGGACCCUGCUGACGCAUCCAGCGCCGCCGAUGUCCUCGCCGCAGAGCCAGAAACCCCCCGUGGCGAACGCUCCAAGCGUCCUGCCCCAGCUCCUGGGUCCUCGCGGACGACCCGUCAAUCCGCCCGCCUAAAGUCAACAGGAGAGUCAGCUGCGGAUGAAGCUAGUCCCAGCAAGACGACGACUGAGGCUACCCGAGCCACCAGCAGCGAAGGCGAUGCGGACGCCGACGCCACGGACGACGAGGAUGCGCCUUCUUCCCCCCGUCCUGCUGUCCAGGAGCAGCAGCAGCCCCGACUUCGCAUCAAGUUCACCACUCAUCGGUCGGCUGCUGCGCAACAAUCAGAGGCCCGCCUUCCUUCCCCCCCUCUUGCCCCGGUCGUCAUUCCGGAGGCUUCUUCAGACCUUCCUGCCGCCGCUGCCGCCUCCACGGGCAUCGACAACCCUCUUCCUACGUCUCUGAAGACUUCCCUUCUCGAGACUUCGGGCGUGCCAGACACAGCCGCCCAGUCCGCUUCUGGGAGCCCUGUUCCUCCGUCCUCCCCCCGCCUUUCGCGCAAGCGAAAAUCCUCCCAGAUGAAGGAUGAACCUGAGGAGUUCGAGUCCGCGGGGAUUCCUGGCCCCAAGAAACCCAAGCUCGAGGGAGACGAGCUUACGGGGACUCUCGACACCGAUGCCAGCCCCGUGAUUGACAGCCUCCCCCAGUCAAAUGGGACGGUCACGGAUCCCCUGCCGGAUACGGAAAUGCUGGAUGUCCAGACGGCUGUAGAGGAUGAAUCCCCUGCCGAGGCAGAUGAGCUCGGGUCGCAAGCACCAACGGAGGGUGCUGAGCCAUCCAGCCGGGGUCGCGGUGGUCGUGGGCGAGGGCGAGGGCGUGGACGGGCCCGUGGUGGACGUGGUGGGCGUGGCGGUGCUGCCGCGCCAUCGACGCGUGGAGCUGGUGUGGGCGUGCGCUCCCGAGGUGGACGAGGACGAGGUCGUGGGCGAGCCUCGGCUACAGCGGCCCCGAUCAAAGAUCGCGCGGAAGAGUUAGCUGCCCUGUUCAAGAAAGUGGGACAGGCGCAACAGCUGGCCUUGAAUGUGCUGGCUGAACGCUCGAUGCAGAAGCUUGCGCGCGACAAGAACGUGCACAAAGACUGCGUCGAGCAUGAUCAGGUGAUGCGAGAUCUGGCCGGUCUCGAGCGAAAGGCCAUGACUCGAUGCCGCAACCUUUACGAUCUACAGGUUGCGCAGACCAAACGGGUGCUCGCCGGUGACAUCUUCAUCGUUGAGCAACGGGCCAAGGCACAGAUUGAGAACAUCAAGGAGGAGAUGUUCUACGCCGUCCGGGGGAAGUACAUGGAGUUGGUGACGGGUCGCCGGGCCGCCGAGGACGACGAGCACACGGAGGCGAGUUCAUUUCCAAACAAACGCUCAGAUUUUACGGCACCAACCACUUCUUGUAGCAGCAAAGCUGACAUCUACUUCAUUCAGACCGAUGGUUCGGACGCAGAAGUCGAAGAGCCACGUUACCUCUACCGCAUUGGCAAAGCGGGCACACGACAAGAGGAACGCGGCUUCGUUGCCGAACCAGUUCGCGUCCCCGAGGGCGCGGCGGCCUACGAGCGAGGCAAGGAGGAAUGGGAGGACUUCGUGACGAAGGCCCGAGUCGGCGAGGACUUGAAUCCGCAAAUGCAAGCCCUCGACACCUCCAAGGAUCCCGCUGACGACUCAGUCAAGCAACGACUGGAGUCACUUCUCCAAGCUGCGCGGACCUUGGAGGAUCAAUCCGACGGGCCUGGUCCGGCCAGUAUGGGUUAUGAUGGUGCCUGCGACUUGCCUCCUACGGCACUCGCCAUGCUGGCCGAUACCGCGCUGUCCGGUGCGCACGCGCCUCCGUUCCGUCUUGUGCGUGGUGAACCACAACACAUCCCGAGUGGGGUUCACCGCGCUCUGCUCCCUCACCCGCCCUCCGUCCCGACGCCAGCUGGAUUGAAUGUGGUGGCUGUUCACCAAGCAGCACCCCCUCCCCCUCCGAUUCCCCAGCCUCAACCACCUCAGGCUCAUCAGGCGCAUCAGUCACCUGCGAGCAUAGUUCACGGCCCGACUGAUCCUCGAUCAUUUAUCCUCCCUCGACCUACACCAACCCAACAGCCGCGCCGUUUACUCCCUGCUCAGUCGCCCAUGGGAAUCAGCUUGCCCAAUCCUUUCGCCAUGGCGGGUCCCCCUCAAUUACCUCCUCCUCCUGGUUCGCAUUUCGCCCGUCUGCCUAUGCCACAAUGGCAUCCAGGUCCCCCUCCGCAAGCUGGGCAACAGCCCACCCAUAGCCAUGCAAGUCACGCAGGUCAUCCCCACGGCCAUCCACAUCCACAUUCACACCCCCAUGGCCCUGGCCCAAGUCCUGGUCCCGGCAAUGCAGGCUCUCACGGUGGCCCUUCUCCACACCAAGGACCACCACCUUCUUUAUACUAUCCUCCUCCGCAGCGGCGAUAUUGA